GAGCACUGAUAUCUACCGGCCGGGCUCAGCAAAGUUUAGUUACAAAGCAGUGGUCUAUCUGACAGUUCGAACGUGUGUCUGAAAGUGUUUUAAUAGUGAAAACUUGAUUUCGUAAACGAGCGAAAAAACAACAAUUCCCGUGCAAAACACAACAUGUCUGAAACGCAAUUUUUGGUGUGUUCCAUCGUCUAUUUCCUCUCGCGUGCCCCAUAUAGUUUGUGUGUGAUCUGUGCGGUCAGCGCUAUUCCACGUUCGAGAUCCUGAUGACGCACAACCGCCUGAAGCACUAUCAUACGAUCAAGUUCGGGUGUGGAUACUGCAACGAAACGUUUCGCCACCAGGACGACCUGUACUGUCACUUCGUCCUGACGCAUCGUGUCGAUCCGUAUGCGAACAAGUCACGGUGCAACAGUAGUGGAUCGGGAUCGGAUGGAACCGAGGAGUACGGUAGCCCGGACUCGCUAAUACGGCAGGCAGAGGAAACCUGCGGCCAGCUGCGCUUGAUCAGUGAAAGUGAUGAUGGCUCGGAAUCGAUCGGGAGCUGUUCGGCGGAGGAGUCCGAGUCCGAGGAUGACGACCUGAGCGAUAUGGAGCUGAACUACAACGAACUGUACAUGAGACGCAAGCGCAGUGCCAUGACGCAGGAGGAAAUUUCGGAGCUGACCGAUGUGUUUAAGAAGACGGUCCAAUCGACCUACUCCACCAAGCUACGGUUAUAGCAUUCAGGUGUGGAGGGUUGACUGAGAAUCAAUAGUCUGUAUAUAUAAGGGCAACAGUUAGGUCAGUGGAAGUUGAAUCAUCAUCACGGGGUUUCGGGGGGUGUGAUAUCGCGAAGCGUCAUCCAUGCAGACAUGUGAUGCAAUUAGCUUCUCGCUAAUGUUUUUUUCUCUAUAGUCAGAAAAAAACACCUUCAACUAUCAUAAUUCGUCGAUCGAGGAUCGCGAAGAUCGCGCUUUCUGGCAUCUGGAGAGCGUCGACGAUGUAUUAUACUUAGCACUUAGGAAUGGAACACGCACAGCCUCUUCCCCCGGAGACGUCACCUCCAAAGCUCCGUAUUCUUCCGUACUCCAAAAUGCACUAGAGAACUGGUUGUACAAAUAGAAGGGCAAAGGGGGAGGAUCGCCACCCUUCUGCUGCGUUAAUGGUGGUGUGAAAUAAUUUUUCGCAAAUAUUAUGUUUGUCAUUUGCGGGUUUUGAUGUUGCUGUGCCGCCUCUCGACUUUACCGCACACGGUUUUGCCGGGGCCACGGUCUUGUUUGGCAUUGUUCGGUGCAUUUAUCGCAUUUGCGACGUUGUUACCGGGCGGGAACUUACACCCGGGAAUGUGUCUCAGCUGGUGGGGAGGGGGUGAAAAGAUGGAACUGCUCCGGAAACUGUCUCCAUCUUUCCAGGGGCGGGGAAGAAAGUGAUGCGGGGAUCAGUGGUGAGGCGGUAAUUGCAAAGGUGACGAAACGGAAUGCCAAACGACCACGGGACGAGAGAGACAUGAGGAAGGGGCAAGGAGCUGGAGGGCAUUAAUGUUUCGCGUUAAUGGUGAUGUUUUAUUUGGAAAAUAUUGUAAAAAAGCAUUAAGUGUAGAGAGAUAAGAAAACGACAAUACCAAUUACAAAAGAAAAAAAGAAAAAACCUACACAUAUACAAACUGGACAAAUAAAUGAACUUUAAGUCAA